UAAUAAAAGCGACCAGGCUCCAAAAUCAAACAUUCAGUAAUCCACUGCUUGCCUAUCUGAAACAACGUUCAUCCGAAUUCUUCGAUUCGAAACAAUCGCUUGAAGAUGAAAUUUCUAUGGCUUCUGACGUUCCUGCUGGCCAUCUUGGGAACAGCGCUGGCCAACACCGCGGCCUGCCCAAAGGGAUUCUCUCGCCAGGCCAACCAAUGCGUUUCCAAACGUCCCGUCCACGGCGAAUGCCCCAAAGCAUCAAAGUUCAACGCGGGACUGAAUUUGUGCGUGCAUAACUGAGACUUGUGCUUUCGAAUGGAACCUUCACGAACAUGAAGGUUAGGAUCGUGUUUGAUCGUUAGGGUUAUGGGAGGUGGCAUAUAUCAGAGUGUUUCAAUGGUGUGUUAUUGGUGGGUAUACGGUGGAAGCAAGUUUUUGAAAUGAAGGACAUGAAUUAAGUUCAGACAGGGCAA